GCCGCCCGGCAUCUGAAUCAUGUGGUGAGGUGACGAAAGCGCCACAUUCAGUACCACCGUAGGCUGAUGACUACAUGUGGGUACUCCAUUGUUUGCUUCGGCCUAGUUGACACUGUGGAGGCACUUGAAGCUUAUACGGAAGUGCCCCACUCAAUCACUAACCUGCGAACCAGCGAUAGUUUCGAUAAAUUACGUUCAAGUUCACCAUUCGGUUGUGGGCCCUUGUAGAAGUCGUUGGUUAAAUUUUCCUUCGUUAGAAUGAUGUCGCAAAUCAAGUGUGCCAUCGUUGUUCUGGUAUUGGUAGCCGUUGGAACUGCUUCGGCACUGGUUUGUAUUCAGUGUUCCGGUGUGAACGCCUGUCGAGGAGCCGAUAGGUACAAAACGGUCACGUGCGACCGGAACAACUCGGAUGCUACCGCGGUGCUGCUAAGGCCGUACUUGAAGGAUCUGAAUGCCUCGCUGGAAUACGAUAAGGGGUAUCAGUGUACCAAUUACACUUAUAUUCCUACAGGUGCUGCCGAUUUGACGGAUAUGGUGAAGGGUUGUCUUCUGAAAACCAAAACGGGGCUCUGCAAUAUGGAGAAAAAUCCACUCAACGGAAAUUUGACGUGCAUCUCGUGCACCAUGGACAAAUGUAAUGGUGCAGGGGAGCUUAUGUGGAGCACGUUGCUGUUGAUCGGUGGGUUGGUGAUUAGUUCAAUAGUCGCCUAAAUUGGCAGCCUGUGAUUACAAAAGAAUAAAUCUUUUAAACUCAUUCAAAUUGGGACCUUACCAGUGCAUACCCCAAUCAUUACCUCCAAAAAAUCCACUGUUUCCCUGGUCGCCAGUCCCGAACCGACUAUUUAUUUUCAAAGCCCUUAUCUUAACAUAUGCAUAGAGCGUAAAAUAAAAUUCCACCACGGAGCUAAACGUGUAAUGAAA